UCUGAACGUUUUCUCUGCCUUUAUGGGUUUAAUUAUUUUGAGUGCAUUUUUAAUUAGCUUACGUGUCCGUACUUAGUGAUUUUACUCCGUCCAUAUAAUGGCACUGAAUAAAAGCGAAGUAGUGACGGUGGAUCCAGAGAAGGACUUACAAGCUCUUUUUGACAGUGUUUUAAAGCCAGAUUCCAAAAGAAACGUACAAGUACCGUGGCAUAAACGCAGACUUCCUGAUUCAUUUUUUAAUCCACCGACAACGGGAUCAAAAUCAAUAAACCACUCUCGUGAUAGUUCAGUGGAUUCUUCUUGUGGAAGUAAUACAUCUACUACAUCUGUAAGUUCCGCGUGUACAAUACCUAUUCACCAAAGAGCUCACAGCUCUCCAGCAUCUUUUCAAGAAACAUACAUGGAGCAACAGCCAUUACAGCACAUGAAACAGAAGUCACACGAUGUAAGUAAGAAAUCAAAAGUUAAGAAUCGUUUACCUUCAGGAUGGGAACAGGGUCGAACUCGAGAUGGGAAGAUUUAUUAUAUCAACCAUAACACACGGACAACUACAUGGGACCACCCUACAAAUUCUUUAGCUGCUCAAACAGCUUCCAAAAAACAUCAUAGUGCCGAACAGCUUCUGUCUACUCGCCAAUUAUCUUCUAAUCCAUUUUAUUAUAAUACGGUUGUCCAAAACAGGAACUUAGAGCAUUUACCUGACGGAUGGGAACAGGCAAGAACAUCUGAAGGUGAAAUUUAUUUUAUGAAUCACAAAACACGUACGACAUCUUGGGAAGAUCCUAGAAUUUCUUCACGCCAAUCUACGUCGGACGGGAAGUACGCGUUGCCAGAGCUUUCACGCGCACUGCUUAAGCAAAAACAUCAAAAUGUUUUAAGACAACAUGAAGAUUCAAUUUCUUCACUAGAUCCUAGAAUCAUAACACCUACACAUUUCCAACAACCUAGCUCAGAAGAGAAUGGAAAUGAAUUUAGUUCCCAGCUACCUUCUGCUCAGCAACUACGAUUGCAGGAGCUUUAUCUGGAACGAGAAAGACUCAGACAAAGACAUGAAUAUAUAAGGGAACAGGAAAAUAUGAUGACUGCUUUAGUACACUCGUUUUUACCUGAUAUAACAGAUCGCCCAGAAAAAGAGGAUAUUAGAGGAGCUGUGCCUCCAGUUUCCGAAGCCUUACAGCCAAUUAUGGACGUCAGUAGAGAAUGUCAAAAUAUGGAUUCUUUCGAUAUACCCAUGUUGGAAGAUGACGUGAGCUCUACAGAUGAUUUGGAGCCUACAUUUCGCCCAAACGAAGAGGUUUCUAUGACAAAUGUGGUGGAUGCAAAAUCAUACUUAUGGUUGUGAGUUAUAAUGUAUAAGAGCAGUUUGAAAUUGUUUAUUGUUUUUUAAAAGAUUUUCAUUUACUUAUAGCCCGAUCAUGG